ACGGUUACAACAAGUCGAUUGUUGAGGAUAACAGUGAUGUUGUGAAAUGUGGGGUGUUUCACCCUGGUCUCUUUUAGAUUGACACGCCCGCUUGUCCUUCUCACCCAAUGGGCUUACUGCAGGGGCGGAGCAAGAUGUUGAGUGACAUUCCUCGGGACGCCCUCCUCCGCCCACUCACCCGAAAUGAGGUGGUGGGGAUGCUCGUGAGACUUACCAUCUUUGGGGCUGCCACAUAUUACAGCAUCAAAUGGGUGGUGGAAGCUUUGGACCCGACACAAAAACAAAAAUCACAAGCCAAGAAAAGGGCAGAGCAAUUGAUGAAGCAGAUAGGGGUAGAGGGCAUCAGUUUGACGGAGUAUGAGAUGAACAUCGCCACUCAUCUUGUAGAUCCACGCAGCAUUAAGGUGACCUGGAGAGAUGUUGCUGGUUUGGAUGAGGUCAUCACAGAGCUGCAGGACACCGUCAUCUUGCCUUUCCAGAAACGCCACCUCUUCCGUGGCUCCAAACUCUUCCAGCCCCCCAAAGGUGUACUAUUGUAUGGACCACCAGGAUGUGGAAAGACUUUAAUCGCCAAGGCAACAGCAAAAGCAUCUGGUUGCCGCUUUAUCAAUCUCCAGGCCUCCACUUUGACUGACAAGUGGUACGGCGAAUCACAGAAGCUGACUGCUGCUGUGUUCUCAUUGGCUGUCAAGAUUCAGCCCUGCAUAAUUUUCAUUGAUGAAAUAGACUCGUUCCUUAGGAACCGUUCCAGUAUGGAUCAUGAAGCAACUGCCAUGAUGAAGGCCCAGUUCAUGAGUCUGUGGGAUGGGUUAGAGACUGGAGCAAGUAGCCAGGUGAUGGUGAUGGGGGCCACUAACAGACCUCAGGAUGUGGAUGCAGCCAUACUGCGCAGAAUGCCGACUGCCUUUCAUGUCGGACUGCCUAAUGCAGCUCAGAGGGAAGAGAUCCUUAGACUUAUUCUAUCAGGUGAAAAGUUGAGUAAUGCGAUUAACCUUAAGGAAAUCGCUGGGCAAACUGAAGGUUACUCCGGCAGUGAUCUAAAAGAACUGUGCCGGGAUGCUGCCAUGUACCGUGUCAGAGACUACGUCCGCAAACAGCAGAUGAAGCAGAUCGUACAGCAGUUCCAGCUAGAUGAAGAGGAAGAGCACAUGGACGGCAUGCAGCUGAGACCCGUGACUCAACUGGACCUACUGUUUGGCCUAGAUAAGAUGAGAGAAUCCAAACAGGCCACCUCUACAGCUGACCCAGCAAAUUUGAGAGAGGUGCCGCUGGACUGAAAACCUCUCACUCUUCACGCUAAUACACACUCUCAUUCUGUCUGUCUGCCUUGUCUUGUGUUUUAUUUUAUUUUUUCUGGUUAUUUCCCGCUUUCAUGGCACUAAUGUUUUCAUAGGCAGAUAGUAAAGAUACUGACUGUGAAUAUUAAUAGUAAACACAUAAAUUUAAGUGUCAUUAGUCUUGGCUCUUGGGUAUUUUUAUUUCUUUGUAUGAUCGAACAUGAAUUUGUUUGCAUACUGUUUAGAAGCAAAUAUUGAACCAGUGUUUGGAUGUAAUGAGUGAGAGACACAAGCUAUUUUAUAGGGCAUACACAGGACGUGUUUUUGCUUUCCAAUUGCAUUUGCUUUUCCUUUGUUUCUGUUCACACCUAACUUGUUUUUGCAUCCAUCUGCACUGUUUUUCCCAAUUCUUUUUCUAUGAAACAUACGCUAGACUGAGUUCUUUGACCAUUUGGGCACAUCUUGUUGCUUUUUCAGCAUCUCACACAGGAGUGCCCUGGUUUUUAGACAGCUUAUCUAGUUUUUAUAGAACAUUUAAAAACACGCCUUUCGCUCGAGACUGCGUUCAACAUUUCUGCAAUUGGUCUGGACUGUCCCCUAGUCUCUACAUGUGUUUCAGACCAACACAAUCUCACAAGAAUUUGUCGCAGUAGUACAAGGCUGUGAAUUUGUACGAGUUCGUUCUUACAAAAUCUUACGAUUUAUACACCCAUUAACGAGGGACGCCUCCCACGUGUCCUUGUAUUUCCAGAUGUGGCGUUUAUAUGGUGUUAAUAAAAACUGUGUUUUUGGAAUUUGAAACCCCUAACCCCAUCUCUAAACCUAGUCAUAGAGUGUAACACCUUACCCUACCCAGAGCAUAAACAUAACCACAAUAUUAAUGUAAAAAGUCCUGAUGUGUAAUAUGGAAGAAAGCGACGGUUCCGAACGAGUAUGUGAAGUGUAAGUGAUUGGUUGAUGUAGAGUCCUUCAUUUUUGCACAAAUUAAGUUGUACAAAUUGUCGUACAAAACCGCCACCUCGUAGUAUUGUGACGAAUUACCAUUGAGACUAUGUUGGUCAGACUCAGACGAACAUCUUUCAACAGAUCUAGUUCUUGUAGCGUCUUGUGCUAUGAACGAUGUGUUUUUCAAAGCCAUUUCAAGGUACAUAUGGUACCAAACUUUUAAAAAAUGAAACCUUUGAAUCCUGUUCCAUUACUUUGUGCUCUGUCCAGCUGAUUUUAACGUAAAAGUGUGUCCUGUUAGUGGCCCCUUGUCUAUACAUAUUUUAGUUAUCUAGAUUUCUCUAUGAAUUGUCUUCGUAGGGUGCAUGAGUGUUAAACUAAGGUUAAACUGAAUGGUGCAUGUGUGAUCAUCAUUAACAACAUUUUAGCCAUGAUAAGACGAUUAGACAUGUAUUAUUUAUUUAAAAUGGUAAGCUAUAGUGUUUAGUAGUAGCAGUUAAAAUAUCUAAGAAUGCCUAUUUCAGACUGAAAGCAAUGUCUUCAUGUUUUACAUAGUAUGACUUGAAAAAAUGUUGAAAAUGUAUAUGUUUCCAACGAGACAAAUGGUGCUACAUGUAGGCCUAUCUCUAACAAAGGAUAGUUUUUGACUCUGGUUAGUGAAAGGCAUAAAACCUCUAGUCAGUAAUGUCCUUUGUUGAUGUUCAGUGUCUGACUGUAUUUGAUUAAAAAGUCUUAGCUCUUUCACCAGCAUAACAAUACUCAUCUAUGUCAAACCAGCAUCAUGGGACUUAUUUAUUUGGAAAUAAUAAGGGCACAUUUAUAGCAGUUCAUAUAGAGCUGAAAUAAAGUCCAGCUUCUGGCUUGAAAUGUCAGUUUCCACAUGUUAUGUCUUUCUGGUCUAUCAAAUCAUAGAGAAGUAGUUUUCCUAAUCUCUAAAUGCUCACAUUCAAGAUUAUCAAGAAGUGAAGCAAGAACUUUUCCUUUACGCUUUAUAUGAGUUACUUUGAGGUGGAAAAACAUGCCUGGCAGCUUAACUACCUAUCAAAAUUCUUCAAACGUUUCUAAUUGAAAUGGAAAAUAAGUGUCUUUGUUUAUUCAGAUAAAUGUGUUAUCCGGUCAUGUGCAGUUGCAUAAUCGAUGAAUGAUUUGACAGCAUGACACAUAUAGCAUGGAAUUGUGUUUGGGGGAGAUAUUUGGCUUUCUUUCAGCACCUUUGCACUAAACAAUGCCUUUACUGUUGCUCUGUUCGCCUUUGAACGAUUGUUGUGCUGAAUUUGAAAUCAUGUACUCAUUUGUUUAAUUAUAAACUAUAAUUAAUGAAAGUGGCA